AUGCAUUAUUGUCAAGUUGAAUCUUACAACGAAACAAUAUAUCUUCAGAAUUGUUCGAACAAUUCAAUAUCAAUAAAAACUACACGAUGUCGUGGUCAAUGUUAUUCAGAAGAUUUUCUCAUAUAUGAUUGGAAAUAUACACCAUUACAUUAUCGACAUAAACAUCAUCUUCAUUGUUGCUCACCAAAUCGUAUAAAGUCAUUCGAAACUCAAAUAAUAUGUGAAAAUAAACGAUUACAAACAGUUAAAUAUCGUUCUGCUGUACGAUGUGAAUGUAAAUUAUGUAGUGAUAGAUGUUCAGAAUAA